CGUGCUGACCACAGGUAACUUCACGUACACGACGGACACGAGGUUCCGCGCGCUGCACCUGCCCGGCUCGCCCUUCUGGAACCUGGAGGUGGACCGGCCCGCCAUCACCGAUUCCGGCCUCUACGAGUGCCAGGUGUCCACGCAGCCCAAGAUAUUCCGCCGCUUCAGGCUCAGCGUUGUGGUCCCCAGCGCGCGCAUCACCGGCUCGAGGGAGAUCUUCAUGAAGGCGGGCAGCGACAUCAACAUCACUUGCUUGGUGAAGGGCGCCAUCAGGGGAGCGCCCGUCACCUGGUACCACGUGCUGCCCCGCGACCCACCCAAGGAGGAGCUGGUAGAGAUCAACGCCGGGGGUCGGGGCGGCGUGCAGCUGGUGACGGACAAGAACUCGGGCACCAGCUGGCUCCUGGUCACCCACGCUACCUGGAGGGACGCCGGGAACUACACGUGCGCGCCCGUGCACGCUACGCCCGCCUCGGUGUCCGUCCACGUGCUCGACGAGGCUCCAGCCGAGCUCCAAAACGACCCCCAGCCGAGCCGGGCCCAGACGUCCACCCAAGGAACGCCAGGUCUCCCGCUGCUCCUGCUGGGGCUUCACCGUCUGCUGGGGCGCGACGGGGCGAGAACGUGGUGACUCUGGGCUCUCCUGGCGGCCUGUCUAGUGCUCCCCAGCGCCGUCAGGAGUACGAGUGGCCUUCAGGACGCCUCUCGGACUAAUAUAGAAGCAGAAGGAUCGGUAACAGUUGCCGCGAGGCAUGGGAACAAAGUCCUUGGCGUCACGCUCUUAAGGAAACCGGAACUGGAAGGUGAUUUGGGGAUACCCUUGGGUUUCUAUACUUCCUCUUCUCUCUUUCCAUCCUACACUCCCUUCUCUUCCUCCUCCUUC